CUUUCUUCCGGAAACAAAGGCUGCCUUCCCAGCAACCUGGGCCCGACACUGCUGAGACCCGGAACACCGUUUAGGGGGAAGUUCGGCGGCUUUGGGGAGCGACGCGAAUCUUUUAAGAUGUUGCGCGGCCUGAGUGGUUGGUUGGGGAUGAAUUGGGCGGAAGAGGAAGGAAAACCGUCUUCCCCCAAAGGGAAAGCAAGGACUGGCGCGGAAGAACAGGUUCCUGAAAGAGACGCGCCAUCACCGUGCUACGAAGAGGAGGGACAGAAAGGGAGGCCAGACCUGGACCCGAUCGUUAAUCAGGCGAAGGGGCUUGGCAGUUAUAUCUUCAGCUUUGCUACAACGGCUACAAAAAAGAUAUCUGAAUCAGUUGCUGAAACAGCACAAACUAUAAAGAAGUCUGUUGAAGAAGGAAAAAUAGAAAAUAUAAUUGAUAAGACAAUUAUAGGAGACUUUCAAAAGGAACAAGAAAAAUUUGUUCAACAGCAACACACCAAAAAAUCAGAAACAGCUGUGCCUCCAUGGGUAGACAGCAAUGAAGAAGAAACAAUUCAACAACAAAUACUAGCCCUAUCAGCAGAUAGAAGAAACUUUCUGCGUGAUCCACCAGCAGGGGUUCAGUUUAAUUUUGACUUUGACCAGAUGUAUCCAGUAGCCAUGGUGAUGCUUCAAGAAGAUGAGCUCCUGAAUAGAAUGAGAUUUGAUCUUGUUCCAAAACAUGCAAAGGAAGAGGUGUUCUGGAGGAAUUUUUUUUAUCGGGUCUCCCUUAUUAAACAGUCCGCACAACUUACAGCACUGGCUGCACAGCAAGCAGUGAGAAAAGAAAAGAAUGGCAGUGAAGAGGAUAGACAGCUAACAGAUACUGUGAGGCCAAAGACGCCACCUGUUGCAAUCAAAUCUCAGCUGAAACAUCAAGAGGAUGAUGAAGAGAUUUCUACUAGUCCAAGUGUAUCUGAAUUUGUAAGUGAUGCUUUUGAUGCAUGCAACCUGAAUCAGGAAGAUUUGAGAAAAGAGAUUGAACAGCUUGUGCUUGAUGAUGAGAAAAAGGAAACAACUACAGUGGAUGAAGAAAGUGCAGACUGGGAAAAAGAGCUACAACAAGAACUUCAAGAAUAUGAAGUAGUUACAGAAUCAGAAAAACAAGAUGACAACUGGGACAAAGAAAUAGAAAAAAUGCUACAGACAGAAAACUGAUCACUUUGCCUGGAACAUUUUCUAAAAACUGACAUGAACUUGUUCUUACAUUUGCUUCAAGUUCUUUCCUUGAGGCCCAAAGUUCUUUAUAAAAUAAAACUUAAGAUGUUACAUAAUCAGGUAUAGAAAUUGUUCUCAGAAAAUACUGUCUAUUAUCUAGCAACGUAUAUGGCAAGUUUUGGUUGUAUGCUAGGGAUUUUCUAAUCAUCCCAAAUUGUCAUAAAGAAAUUGCAGAAGGGGCUGGGCUAGAAGAUCUCCAAGGUCCCUUCCAGUUCUAUUCUAUUUUUGGUUUAUCAUAAAAUAGUACUUGAUGUAGAAUGAUCCAGAGCACAUGAACACAUAUUUAAAAAUCUAUCUAGAAUUGUCUGGAUCACAUUAUUUGUAUUUUCAUUGUUUUGAUAUUUUCAGAUGAUUAGAAAAUACUAAGUGAAAGAUGCGAAAAUAAUUCCUGACUAUAAGUAAAAUUGUGGCAUUUCUUGUAGUAGAAAACUUGUAUCUCAACUACUUUCAUAUUAAUAAUGGCAAGAAC